AUGGGUGAAGAUGUAUCUCAUCAAACGCUAAUCAUUCAUAAUACAACAACUAACGCUAUCUAUCCAGCGAAUCAACGCGAAUGUUUCCAUCAAGUUCUCGACGCUGGUCGAACUAUUGAAAUCGAAUACGAAGUCGUCGUUGGUGGCGAUUACGAUAUUAACUUUUGGUUUUAUUCGCCAACCAACCGUGUCUUACAAUCCGAUUUCAAGAAACGCGAUGGACAUCAAACGUUGAAAUUAGAAGAAACAGGCGAAUAUCGCUUUUGUUUCGAUAAUUCCUUCUCACGAUUCAGCCAUAAACAAGUCUAUUUCAGUUUAAGACCUGUCAAUGAACAGGGACAAAGUGUCGUUGAACAUGUCACUGAAUCAUGGAUGAAAACCAUGGAAGUUGAUCAACUUGGCGAAUUACAAGCGAAAGUUCAAGAUAUUCGAUUAUAA